GCCUUGUUUGAGUCGAGGCGUGUUUGUUACGUAUAACCCGCAAUAGCCAGUAGACACUCACUCACAAUUCCCCUUUGACUCACCGGUUACCGAGGGUUUCCCGCUAAUAUUUGCCGGUUUCCCCUAAGUUACUUAACAUAAUAAAAAUAAUAAAAUCUGUAAAAACAAAACUGGUCAAUGUAUGCAUCUCUCUGUUGUGUUAACUCUCACUCUCUUGUCUUCCCCAAAAACACACACACACACACUCUCUCUCUCUCUCUUUCUCGCCGACACUUUCUUGAUCCGAUCGGUUAAUUGAUUCAAUCAUCUUUCUAUGAUUUCCAGAUAGAAGAAGAUCAACAUUUGCGUCGGAGAAUAAUCUUUAAUUUUAGAUAAAAAGAGCAUUUAGCUCCCACAGAUUAAGCUUAUAGGAGAGGCUUUACAAGAAAGUUCGGUUCACAAGGUUAUUCUAGUUGGAAUCAAAUUUCGAAGAAGGCUAUAUAAGGUUUCAGGAUUUGUUGAACAUCAACUGCUAAGUUCUGUGCGAAACAAUUGCUUCCAACGGCUGAAGUCUUGGCCAUCACUACCUAAUUCCAAGAGCAUUGGCUUUGGUGUUAAUACGUCAGCUUAUAAUUCUAGUUUUGAGGCCAAGCUCUCAACUUUCUAAUAGUGAAUGCAACUUAUGCAAGUAUGAUGGAUGAAGAAAAGAGGAAAAGAUCGAUUUCACUUCCAUCGAUAGAUAUAAUAUUAGAUGAUAAACCAGGUUGGCCUUUUCUUAAAAGUGCAACUUUAGGGACACCACAAGUUCACAAAUGGCACACGAGAAAAGUCUCAGUGGUCAACUGGGUCAUGAGCUUACCUGAACGGUUUCCAAAUCAUCAUCAGCAGAAUCUUAACUAUGAGACAAUCUCUAUCAAGAAACAAGUCAAGGACAUAUUGAGAGACAACAACAAAUGGUUCAACUACAAUGUUCUUAAGAAAUCAACAUCAAAUUUCUCUCAAGAUAAUAUGAUUGGGAAGGGAGGAUGCAGCAAAGUGUACAGAGGGGUUCUUGAAAAUGGAAAAGGCAUCGCUGUGAAAAUCUUGAAAUCAUCAUCUAAAGAAGCUAUGAAAGAUUUUGUUCAUGAGAUCAACAUCAUCUCUUCUUUGAGUCACCAAAACGUCUCACCGUUACUUGGUGUUUGUGUCCAAAACAAUGAUCUGAUCUCCGUUUACAAUCUUUCAACCAUUGGAAGUUUAGAGGAAACCCUUCACGGUAAGCAAAAGGGAAAGCAUGUAUUAUCAUGGAAAGAGAGGUUCAAGAUAGCUAUCGGUUUGGCGGAAGCAAUAGAUUAUCUUCAUAACCGGUGUCCUAAGCCAGUGAUUCACAGAGAUGUCAAAACUUCCAAUGUUAUUCUCACAGAUGAGCUCCAACCUCAGCUGUCAGAUUUUGGAUUGUCGAUGUGGAGACCUACAACAUCUUCUCAAUAUUCGAUACAAACUGACGUGGUGGGCACUUUUGGAUACCUUGCACCGGAGUAUUUCAUGUACGGGAAAGUCAGUGAUAAAGUUGACGUUUACGCCUUUGGAGUGGUUCUGCUUGAGCUCAUAUCAGGAAGAAAUCCUAUUUCGCCUCAGAAUCCUAGAGGACAAGAGAGUUUGGUCAUGUGGGCAAAACCGUUGAUUGAGAAUGGAAAUUUAAAAGGGCUGUUGGAUCCAGAAGUAACAGAUAUAUUCGACGAGUCUCAGUUUCAAAGAAUGGUACUUGCUGCUUCACAUUGCCUCACAAGAUCCGCCACACAUCGUCCCAAUAUUAAACAAAUACUGAGGCUACUACGAGAUGAAAACGAAGUGGGAAAAUGGAUAAUGGAAGAAGACGAAAUUGAAGAUUGCUUCGAUGACGAGGUUUACCCGGAUUCAAGCGUGGAACUACACUUCAGCGUUGCGAUGCUUGAGGUGGAAGACGACGAAUCUGCAUCAAUCAGCAGCAUGGAGAGAAGUAACAACAGCCUUUUCUCUUCUUCGUGUUCAUCUAGGGAGCUUCAAACUUAAGGCACUCUGCUUUUAGUUAGGGUUUUGUUUCUUAGUUUCCUUAGUUUAGUUGAUAACUCUUUGUUAUUUGAGAAAUAACAACUGAGAUGAUGAUUGUUAAAAUAGGUAGCGAAAAAAAACAUUCCCAAGAGGUAUUAAUUAUUCUCGAUAUCAAUGUUAUGUAAAUGUCAAAAUCCGAUUGUGGGAUGCACGUACCAAUUCAAAUUUGACCCUAUAGACUAAGGGUUAAUCUUGAGAUCGUUGUAUAUCAUAAUGACAUGUCUCAAAG